UACGGGCACCAGUUGUUUGCGCAUGCGCACAUAAAACCUAGCGCAAGAAACAACAAUAAUUCCAAACGAAAUUGUGGCUUGACAUUGUAUUUGAAUCAAUAUUAGACUUGUUAAUUAGUGAGAUGGCAGGAAACUUCUGGCAGAGUUCUCACUAUCAACAGUGGCUGUUGGACAAGCAGGACUUGAUGAGGGAGAGACAGCAGGAUCUCAAAGUGGUCACUGAAGAAGAGUACCAGAAAAUACUUAUAUUCUUCUCAAACUUCAUGCAAGCACUUGGAGAACAGUCAAAACUGAGACAGCAGGUGAUUGCAACAGCUACAAUCUAUUUCAAGAGAUUCUAUGCCAGGAACUCCCUGAAGUCUAUUGACCCCUGGCUGAUGGCUCCAACCUGUGUCUUCCUGGCUGCCAAAGUAGAGGAAUCUGGUGUCAUAUCUAACAGCAGACUGAUUAGUACAUGUCAGAAUAUUGUGAAGAGUAAGUUCUCCUAUGCAUACAACCAGGAAUACCCCUACAGGAUACAGAAUGUCCUGGAAUGUGAGUUCUACCUGCUAGAAAUGAUGGAUUGCUGUCUCAUCUUGUACCACGCUUAUCGUCCACUCACGCAGUACUGUGGUGACUUGGGAUCUGAGAGCGACCUCCUGCCACUUGCAUGGAGAAUUGUCAUUCACUUAACAGUCUUAUUACUGAUGUACCCCUGAUGUAUUCCCUCCAAGGUCGCGAGUUCAAUCCCGAUCGCAUUAGCCUGUUUGCACAUGGCAUGCGUCAUCAAGCAGAAGGAUAUAAAACAGUGGUUCGCUGAGCUCUCUGUAGACAUGGACAAGAUUCUGGAGGUGACCCGUCAGAUUCUAGCAUUAUAUGAAAUGUGGAAGAAGUAUGAUGAAAAGAAGGAAAUUCCAGCAGUUCUGGCCAAAAUGCCAAAACCAAAGUUAAACCCUUCAAGUAGCAGCUGACUGGUCGUAUUUUCACUUGGCAGACCUCCCUCUGAGGCCUCGGGGGCACAGGAAGGGGCAGGGGCACAGGCAACACAGGUGGGGCAAAACACACAGCAACAGCACCAGCAGGUUCAGUGAUGGAGACAGAACAAGAUUAAGUUUGAAAUCAUUCAGUGAUGGCUGUUAGAUCAUCGAGCAGCUGUUAAGUAGCAGAUGGAUAGACUUUUGCAACAGGACCUAUGGUGGAGAAAGAGGCACGAUGACUACUCAAGCCUGUGUCUGUGGAAUCCUGGUUAACAAGGCCUAUUUGACUGUGAUCAGGCAGAGGAACUUAGGCUAACAAGUCUGAAAGUGUAUUUGCCCACAGAGACUGAUUGUGAGUUUCACUUCAAGGGGCAGAUGAGAUGGAACACAGUGUGAUAACCUGAAGAAUGACUUCCAGGAAUUCCUCCAAUCAUGUGGUGGAGGUUCCAAAA